AUGCAGCAGUUUGGCUUGGGCGAAUCUGUGCCGAAGCAGUUUGGCUCAAGCAGAUCCGUGCUGAAGCAGUCUGGCUGGAGCAGAUCCGUGCUGAAGCAGUUUGGCUCAAGCAGAUCCGUGCUGAAGCAGUUUGGCUCAAGCAGAUCCGUGCUGGAGCAGUUUGGCUUGAGCGAAUCUGUGCUGAAGCAGUUUGGCUCAAGCAGAUCCGUGCUGGAGCAGUUUGGCUUGAGCGAAUCUGUGCCGAAGCAGUAUGGCUCAAGCAGAUCCGUGCUGAAGCAGUUUGGCUCAAGCAGAUCCGUGCUGGAGCAGUUUGGCUUGGGCGAAUCUGUGCUGAAGCAGUUUGGCUCAAGCAGAUCCGUGCUGAAGCAGUUUGGCUCAAGCAGAUCCGUGCGAAGCAGUUUGGCUGGAGCAGAUCCGUGCUGA